AUGCCUUGUCAGAGCUCCCGAGAGUCUGUUCAAGUCGACGAGAGCUUACAGCAGUCUCUGAACAGAGGCACUUUUGAGUGUGUUAUCUGUCUAUGUCGGAUAGGGCGAACGGAGCCGAUCCACACGUGCUGUGAGUGCGGGAACUGUGUCCACUGGAACUGUUUCCAGCGCUGGGCUAAAAAGGUUCCCGAAGUUGCGAAGAGGAACGUGCAAGACGAGUACCCUUGCCCUGCUUGUCAGACUUGGCAGGUUUUGCUGCUCGAGCCUCGUUGUUUCUGUGGUAAGGUUGUCCUGGACGGUCAGAGGCGACCACCAAGCGCGAACGCGCACUCGUGCGGGCGUCGUUGUGGGAGAAAGCUAUGUAUACAUGGGGGUUGUUCUCAAGUUUGCCAUCCAGGCCCAUGCGCGCCAUGUCCAGGCACAAUCGAGGUAUCAUGUCGCUGCGGACGUGAAAAGUUUACGUAUCGCUGUGCUGAGUACCGCAAGCAGCUCGUCGAUACCUGUACGGAACGACUCCAGUGUGGUCGGCCUUGUGGCUUCGAAAAGAGCUGCGGACACCGCUGUAGCAAAAUCUGUCAUCCGAUGAAUGCGCACAACGGCGCUGCUGCCGAAGACGAGGCCUGCGACGAAACCGUAUGGAUGCAAUGCGCUCUGCACGACCAGCCGUUUCCGAUGCGCUGCCCAGGAGUGCGCCACGCUUCGCCCGUUGUCUGUACUGAAAUUCUCCAGCAUCACUGUCGAUGCGGCUCAGAGCGUUUCUCUCUGACCUGCAUCGAUCUCAUGGACGUAGCGUAUGAUCCGGGGAUUUUACUGUGCGAUCGCCUGUGUGGGAAACUUCUGAGCUGCAACCGUCACCGGUGCAGUGAGCGAUGCUGUAAUGAUACCCGUCAUGAAUGUAUGCGGAGCUGCAACCGCGCCGCCGACGGCAGACGCUCCGCACGAUGCUCGCACCCAUGUCCAUUGCGUUGCCACCAGGGCGCGUGUCCACCGUGCGCCACUGUGUCGCACGAGCCCCUUGUUUGUGCCUGCGGUAGACAGCGCAUUGAACCUCCAGUACCAUGCGGUACACUGCCACCGAUAUGCAAUGCGCCCUGCCAAAAGGAACGACCAUGUCGACAUCCGUGCGCGCUGGGCCGUUGUCACGCAGGUGAUUGUCCGAAAUGUCUACAUUUAGUGCUACGUGAAUGCAUUGGAGGUCACAAAGAGCACCGUCAGAUACCGUGCAGUGCAAAGCCGUUCCGCUGUUUUAGAGCUUGCAAUCAGCUGCUGCCCUGUGGACGCCAUCGAUGCAAGCGGCGCUGCCACGACUGGCGAAACCCAGACGACUCCUGCACCAAAGGCGAUCCGACACAUCCAUGCGAAAUGCCCAUGUCCGAUACACGGCAAGUCUGCGCGCUGCCGUGCGGCCACUCGGGGAUGCAUCAGGGAGGUGCACUCUCCGCGGUGCGUCCAGGUCCGAGUAUAUCGGACGUAUCCAUGGAGGCGGACAGGCCAACAGAAGACGCAUUUGCGCGCUCGCAGCCGGUGUGCAAAGAACUGAAUGCGAAUGAACCCGCCGCGACCCCAGGCGAGGUCGCAGGUACCUGCAGCGCUCCCGUAUGGACCGGAGGCAGCGUCGUCGUUGAAGAUAUCAGAGAGGAGUCGUGUCCGGGAUCGAGUCCAACAAUGAAUAGGAAGCGCGAUGGUCAGGAGGCUGAGGCAGAAACACCGUACUCUCUGUUUCUGCUAGAGAUGGCUCGAAAUCACUGGGAGGAAUUUCUCGAGCUGGAGCGCUUGCUUGGCAUGGUUGCAACAGCGACCCAGUUACGGUGGCAGGUUGUGGCGCUCAACGCAACGAACGCGCGCAUGCGCGCAGCUCAGCAUGAGUUGGCCUCGCUGCACUACAAGCUCCACACCCGCUCGGCAGCGAGCCACGUAGACCGCCACGUCGUCGUUACGCAUCUGCAUGGAGUGUCUCGCGUACCGAAACCGCUUCUCACCCAAGUCGUUCAGCAAAAGGAGUUCUUGGAGUUGAAAAAGGAGAGAGACCGGGCUAGUCGCUGUCUCGCUGUCCGCGUUUCGCCCUUUAUCCCGGCAGCUAGAACCGGGCCGCGCUCAACAACCGGCGGUGCGGCGAACGAUGCCUCGAACGACAUGCCGCUGUGGUCGAAAGACUUCCGCUCCCAUGCCGGAAACUACAGCAUCAUCGCUCGCAAUGUGGAUGGCUUUGACUUUAUAGAGUUUAGCACUCCUGAACGCUGUCAGUCGGCCUGGCUAUCUCUCCGUUGGAAGAGACAUCUCGUUGCGCGGAAGGUUUCCGAAUCCGAACUCGCAAAACUGAAUUCCGUCGAGAUGUCGCGGCAAGGUGUCACCGAAGUGCGUCACCCUUUACACGCUCGCACCGCAGACGAGCACGAAAUCGAGGACUAA